UCGCCAACUUUUGCAGAAGCCUCAUUUUCUUUGUAAGUUCCUCAAAAUGGCCAGCUUCAAUGCCGGAGUUGUGUGUGCAUUGUUAGUGUUGUGCAUGUUUGUGCCAAGCUUGGCCACUGUUUACACCGUUGGAGAUACCUCUGGUUGGGCCAUAGGUACUGAUUAUAGCACCUGGACUAGUGGCAAGACCUUUGCAGUUGGCGAUAGCCUUGUCUUCAACUAUGGAGGUGGACAUACGGUGGAUGAAGUGAGCGCUAGCGACUACAACACGUGCACUGUGGGCAAUUCCAUCUCCUCCGAUAGUAGUGGCGCCACCACCAUCCCUCUCAAGACUGCCGGGACUCACUACUUCAUUUGUGGUGUUGUUGGCCAUUGUGGGAGUGGCAUGAAGCUUGCUGUGACUGUUGGUAAAGCAUCAGACACUGCACCAUCUGGAACAGGAACACCAUCCACACCAGCGGUUAACACGCCUACCACCACUACCCCCACCACCACCACCUCAACACAUUCGUCUUCAGGGACUACCCUCUCCCCUAUUGUGGCUCUAUUUGUUACUGCCUGGUCUACUUUUUCUGCGUUGGCUCUCACAUAAAUUUGGCUAGAAUGCAGAAUCUAGCCAGGUUGGAGGCAGUGCUCUUUCUAAUUCUUUCUUUCGUGAUCUUUCCAUGGUGAUUUUCUUAGUUUAUGAAUAGGCCAUUUACAAUUCAAAAAGACAGAAUAGUAUUGGGUAUGUAAAAUUAUGAUGCAUCGAUGAGUUCAUCUCACUAAACCUGUGUGGGUUUCUUGGAAUCAAAGCAUUGGCAUGAACAUGAGAGAUAUAGAUCGAUAUAUGAUGUGAUCAUUUAGUGUUGAAAUAAUUUAAAGUAUACUUUGAACUUUGGAGUUUUA